AUGGACAGACUCGGUGAUCUGCCUGAUCCAAUCCUUGCUCUCAUAUUUGGGAAACUACCCUUCAAAGAAGGUGCAAGAACAACAAUCCUUGGUAAGAGAUACAGAAGCAUCUGGCCAUGCUCUUCAAAUAUUGAACUCGAUGAGACGGCCUUUACUCUUGAUAACAUGCGCCACCGGUUAAGGUGUGAUGGCCGCCACUCCCUUGCCAAAGGGAUCAAGAAGACAGGCCGGCAAGCCUUCGUCAACUAUGCAUGCCGCUUCUUUGCAAGAUACCAUGAGCCAAAAAUUCAGAGCUUUCGCCUUCAUUUCUCUAAACCUCGCAGGUAUGACCUAGAAGUUAAUAAUUGGAUCAAAUUUAUUGCCAAACGGCAUAUCGAAGAGCUUGAGGUGGAUUUUUUGGACAGUGAUAAAGUUGGUUGGGAUGCUUCUGGGUUUAAUCGCGGUGAGUUUCCCCAUGAUGUCUAUGAAAUGUGUCGUUCAUUACACACCUUGAAACUAUUAUGCUGUGAGUUCCAACCCGAUCGGUUUAGCGCAUUCACUGCCCUUAGGAUGCUUUACAUAGAACGUGUCGAUUUAGACUCAGAGACACUUGUGGUCUUGAUGGCAAAUAGCCGAUGUCUGAAAGACCUAUCAUUGGUGGAGAUGAAGGUAACGGGUCUUAUCAAAAUCAUAGAUAAGAAUCAGUCACUAACUACCUUGUACUUCCGGGAUUGCAUGCCAUCAAAUAUGGGAUACAUCAUUGAAACACCGAAACUAAACAGAUUUAGCUAUAUUGGAGAUUUAGAUCCUAUCGAAUUUAGAGACCUACCAAGUCUCCAGGAAGUAGAGUUCAACUUUAGUACAGGGGCACCGUUCCAACCUGAUGGUGAUGCUAUAUGCAAUGAUCUUCUUCCUGGAGUUCGCAAUGCCAAAUCGUUGACCGUAUGCAGCUAUUUCCUUCAGGUCGUAACUAGUGGAGUGAGCAAAUUCCAGUUACAAGAACCAAUCAAUGGUCUAAGGCAUCUGGAUCUUUUUUCAGCAGAAUUGCAUCAGGAUGAACUACCAGGAGUUGCCUUCUUGCUAAGAAGUUAUAUUGACUUGGAAACCCUCACGAUUGAACUAGGAGAGAAAACUGAAAUCGAAGAUUAUGAAUAUCCCUAUGAAACAGUCCUAAAUGGUCGAGCAUUCUGGGAGUCUUUAACCUCACAGCCAUUCCUUUGCCUUCAGAACCAUCUUAAGACAGUGAAGAUCGAAGGAUUUACUGCUGAAGAAAAUGAAGUUGAGUUUUUAAG